GGGUGGAAGGUGCAAAACAGCAUGGCCGCCUCCGUAAAGAGCAUUUGUAUUACUUAGCAGGAGUUUUGUAAUUUCCCUAAGGAUCUUUUCUUCCUUAAAUGUGACCUUCUUAUACCAACGACCUGGAAAUUAAUCACAAGACCACAUUCGUCAUUUGCCAAAGAAACUCAGGUGUGCAUCUCACAUGUUGACAAAGAAGCCCCCCGUUCUGCAGAGUUUCCUGUCCCUGGUCUCCAGGCGUGCCAGUCACCUUGCCAGACAGCAGUAUGAUGUCAUUGUGGUGGGUGGGGGUCACGCGGGGACCGAGGCGGCAGCGGCAGCAGCCAGAGUGGGAGCUGAGACACUCCUGGUCACACAGAAAACAAACACCAUUGGUGCCCUGUCCUGUAACCCAUCUCUGGGCGGAGUAGGGAAGGGUCACCUUGUUAAGGAGGUAGAUGCUCUGGAUGGGCUGUGCGGUCGAGCAGGAGACUGGGCUGGGAUCCAUUUCUCCAUCCUAAACAGAAGCAAAGGCCCUGCUGUGUGGGGCCCGAGGGCCCAGCUGGACCGCCAACGCUACCGUGAAUUCAUUCAGUCUGAGCUGCUGUCCACUCCCAGGCUGACAGUGCUGGAGGGCUCAGUGGAGGAGCUGCUGGUAACAGAACCAAACCCAGAGGAGCCUGGACACCACAGAGUUACAGGGAUACAUUUGGCAAAUGGAAGCCACCCGAUCUUGGCCAGCUCCGUUAUUCUCACCACUGGUACUUUCUUGUCCGGCUCCCUCUUCGUGGGCCAGACCACAUCCCCCGGGGGUCGGAUUGGAGAUGCUCCAUCGAGUGCUGGGCUGUCCCAUACGCUGAGGGAGAGGCUGGGGCUAAGGAUAGGCAGACUAAGGACUGGUACCCCUCCAAGGAUUGUGAAGGAUACGGUAGACCUCAGCCUGACUAAUCUUCAUCCCCCUGACAGUCAUCCAACUCCAUUCAGCUUCCUCAACACACACACACGCUGCAAGCCUGAAGAGCAGCUGCCUUGCUACCUGACCCAUACUACACCUGGCGUGGACAGAGUGGUGAGGGAGAGUCUUCAUCUCAACUGUCACAUACAGCAAGACACCAAAGGUCCCAGAUACUGCCCCUCCAUCGAGUCGCGAGUGCUUCGCUUCCCAGGCCGGAGGCACCAGGUGUGGCUGGAGCCUGAGGGGCUGAACUCUGACCUUUUGUACCCACAGGGUUUAUCCAUGACUAUGCCCCCUGAUGUGCAGCUCCGCCUCAUCAGAGAAAUCCCCGCCCUGCACAGAGCUGAGAUCCACACACCUGGUUAUGGUGUGCAGUAUGACUUUGUGUGUCCCACUCAGCUGAGCCCUGCCCUGCAGGUGAAAAGCACUCAGGGUCUCUUUCUGGCCGGUCAGAUCAAUGGAACAACAGGGUACGAGGAGGCUGCUGCACAGGGGCUGUGGGCGGGGGUGAACGCUGCCCGCUCUGCACUCUCCAUGCCUCCUGUGGCGUUGUCUCGAACAGAGAGCUAUAUUGGAGUUCUCAUUGAUGAUCUGGUGAGUCGAGGCGUUACAGAGCCCUACCGCAUGUUCACCAGCCGGGCUGAGUUUCGAACCUCUCUAAGGCCGGACAACGCUGACCUCCGCCUCACGCUGAAAGGAUUUGAGGAGGUGAGAUGUGUGUCCUCCUUGCGCUACCAGGAGGCUGUGAGAGUGAGGGACGGUCUGCAGGAUGCACUGGCAGCCCUUCAGACUCUCACUCUGUCCACCCACUUGUGGAGGAAAAAGCUGCCGGACAUCGGCAUAAGUGAGAGCAAGAGCACGAUUCUGACUGGCAUGGAUCUGCUGCAGUACAACAACGUGUCCUUUGAAAUGUUGGCAUCCGUCUUCCCAGAGUGCCUUUCACCUUACAUGGAAUUCUCUCAAAGACUCAAUAUAGAGGCUGUGUACAGACCUCACUGUGACCUUCAGAAGAAAGAGAUUGAGAGAAUUCAGAAGGAGGAGAACAUGACUCUCCCACAGGACAUAGAUUAUUUCUCUCUGCCAGUGUCACUGUCUCAGGAAGUCAGAGAGAUUCUGGACAGAGUUCGACCCAGCACACUGGGUGCUGCUACACGUUUGCAAGGUAUGACUCCUGCUGCAGUGGUCAAUCUCCUCCGCUACGUCCAGCACACAGGACAAAGGGGAAGAAGAACGCACAGAAACCAACCAGACCAAAAGGAGGAGAGAGAAGAGGAGCUGUGUGCAAGAAAUGCAUCUUUACCUCAGUGAAAUGAUGACUCAUAAACUUGUAAACUUGUAAAAAACUGUGUAUUCCUGAAAAUGUACAAAACACAUAAAUUAAGGUAUUUUAGGAUGAUACAGUAUAUACUACAUUCUCUUAAUAUUGUUUAAAAAAAAGCUGAGCAAAAUAAACCCUAAUACAUCCA